ACCAUAAACCUAAUUCAUUGAAACCAAAGGCCUAUUAAGUACCAAGUAUAACCUUCAAUUGCUUGCACUUUCCCUUAAAAGCGGAAAAGCUAUGAACCACCGCUAAAUCAAAACAAAAGCAAAAGCAUGUCGACUCUGAAAGAGAUCCUUACCCGGCGUCCAGUGGCAGCCACCAUCAGGCUGACUGUGCCAGCAGGAGGAGCACGACCCGCACCUCCUGUGGGUCCAGCCCUGGGGCAGUACCGCCUGAAUCUGAUGGCCUUCUGCAAGGACUUCAACGCACGAACCCAAAAGUACAAGCCCGACACCCCUAUGGCCGUCACCAUUACAGCAUUCAAAGACAACACCUUCGAGUUCACUGUGAAGUCUCCCUCCGUGACAUGGUACCUGAAGAAGGCAGCGGGCAUUGAGUCAGGGAGCAGCCGCCCAGGCCACGUGAUUGCCACCACGUUAUCCGUCAGACACAUUUACGAGAUUGCGAAGAUUAAGCAAUCGGAUCCUUAUUGUCAAUACAUGUCCCUUGAGAGUAUUUGCAAGUCCAUUACUGGGACUGCUAAUACUAUGGGAAUUAAGGUGGUCAAGGACUUGGAUUAGAUUUUUCAUCUGUUCUUAAAUCUAAAACUGUAAUGCUCUUUUUGUUACUGCUAUUUGAUUUUGGUGGCCACCUGGGUUCUGCGUAUUAGUUGUUCGAAACAUUGUCUGUAUGGGAAAAGUUUGACAUGUGUUUUUUGUUACUUCUCUUGUGUUCUGCGUCUUAGCCGUUCGAAACAUUGUCUGAAUGGGAAAACUUGGACGUGUUUGUUGGAUGAUUUCUGCAACUUUCAAAUAUUAUUUCAAUUCAAUGCUUCAUUUCUCAAUAGUUGUUUUUAAUACUAACAACAUUUGGUACAAGUUGAUCAAACACUAUGAAAAGUU